AUGCAUCACUCAACCAGACCAAUAGACAGGGAAUAUGUUCCUGUUGAGACAAAAGAGACAGAAUCACUAAACGACGGUUCUUCAGAUUCAGAAAUCUUUGGCACAAGAUCAAGGCAACACCAAAGACGGAACCUCUCAUUCUUUUUCACUUACAUACUGCCCUGGAUACUCACGGUGGUAUUUGCGAUUUCAACAGUCAUUCUCGCUGCCAAACUACGUGCUCAAUCUCGUUUUGGAACGUAUGAAACAAACUUCAACACUGAUUUCGCUUUUCCCAUCCAGAUUCCCUUGGAGGAAAUACAAUUUCGUGGCAGUCCACAUUUUCUUAAAAAUGGCACACCCUGGAUGAAAGAUGCAGAUCAAACGGCACCAUGGCCAGAAAAUGUGCGAUAUGUCGGCGAACCAAGCCACAAGAUUGACGAGAACUGGCAGAGGCUCAUUGGUAAACGCUACUUCUCAAUUUCAGAGGAGGAGGCCAAAAGAGCUUGGGGAGAUAGGCGACACGAGUUUGUAGAUCAGAACAUGGGGGGAUAUACAGCUGGGUUCGACAUGUUUCACACGUUGCACUGCAUUAACGAACUUCGCAAGGCGUUGCGUCCCGAAUACUACCCCCAAAAGUCUCAUACGCUUCAUGGAGCGCUUCACAACGAACAUUGCAUAGAAAUACUCCGCCAAACAGUUCAAUGCUAUGGAAGUACAACUCUGAUACCCACAAGAUUCAUGGAGGGUCUUGAGCAUAAUUAUAUCGACUCAGAUCAACGCCAUGUCUGCCGUUCAUUCCAGGCCAUCCGGGAUUUUACGGACUCCAGAAUGCCAGGCGGAGACAGACACGUCACUCGAGACCAGUCUUUGCUUGACGAAAAGAAGCAUAAAGUCGCUAAAGCAUGGGGUGAGGCAAAUGGGGAUAAUGAGAAAGGGGGCGCGUCGUGA